AUUGGUUUCGAGAAGAAGGCGGAGCCGAAGUGGGUUCUUCUUUCUUUUUUUUGUGGUAGAAGUCUAGCAGGAUUAAGCUACUAUUCCAUUAGAGGAUCUUCUUCUUCCAAAAAGUGAAAAUGAUCGGUGCACUGCAUGCAUGUGUGGACGCUGAGCCAAAAAUUAUCAACGACAUUUGGGCAGAUUUCUGGAAAUCACAAAUUAAUUCAGUCCUCCUGAAUCCAUCCGAUGGAUCGGAAACGUAUCUAGCAUCUGACAAUGGAAAAUCUACAUCAUCCCGGGAACAAUCCACGUCACCGGAUGACGAUAACCUGUUGAUGAACGAAGACGAUGGAAUCGCCUUAGAAGAUGAUAAUGACACUGGUGAAUCUGCUGCAAAAAGACGAAGGACUAGGACGAACUUUUCCGGUUGGCAACUGGAAGAGCUCGAAUCAGCAUUCGAAGCUUCUCACUAUCCAGACGUUUUCAUGCGGGAAGCACUUGCAAUGAGAUUAGAUUUGCUAGAAAGUCGAGUUCAGGUAUGGUUCCAAAAUCGUCGUGCAAAAUGGCGAAAGCGAGAGCAAAACCGAAAUGGUUCGAGUGAGAUUAAAAAGGAUGAUGGAGAACAAAUGGAAACAAAAGCUCUACCAACAUUUCCAUUCUCAAUUGACAGUAUUUUGGCAGUUAGUAGAGUGCCUCGAGGCAGGCGACCAAAUGCGAAAUAUCCCAGGGUUCAGGCCUGCAAAAACCUAUCACCAUUUAUGAUUCCUUUGUUUCCAAUCACUCAGCCUGGUGGGAAUGUAAUUCGUGAAAAGUCUCCCCCUCUUCCAACCCAACAAUCUCAGAUCGUAGCGACUAAUGCAUUGACUACGGUUGCUGAAUUACUGAAAAGUGUAUAAAUUUUUUUAAAAUUCAAUUUUGAACCGUGCCCUCCAUUGGUUAUUUGUACCUCCAGUUUCUCUUCUUCAUUUCUAAGAUUCAAAUUUAAUAAAUUUUAUCAAAAUGAUC